GACUUUUUCGCAUGAAGGCUGAGUUGGAAUAGGUGCGGUGAGGUUCUGCUGCAACUGGUGUGUAUAGUUUCGGCAGCCGAGUGCUGGUGAGGCUUCGGCACCAUGGAUUUCGGUAGCAUUAUCAGUAGGGCAUCCGAGAACCAAGUCGAUGUCCAGGUCCGGAAACGCUAUAGCUUAUCAGUGAAACCGCCAAAGAAGCACGAACAAGUGAAAGGGGUUCGGUCUGCAGCAGUGCAGGCAUUUCUCAAACGCAAGGAGGAGGAGCUGAGGAAAAAAGAUUUAGAAGACCGGCGGCGGAAAGAGGAGCUAAUUGCAAAACGAGUUGCACUAAAGCAUGAUCGUAAAGCCAGAGCAAUGGCUACUCGGACAAAGGACAAUUUCAGAGGUUAUGAUGGUAUUCCUGUGGAUCAGAAAGGCAAAAAAAGGACUUCUGAUGAUGAGGGAAAGGAGCAAAGAAUGGAUGACAGCAAUGAGGAUUAUUAUGAUAGGGAGCAGGCUGAAGAUGGAAUGUCAGAAGCAGAAGAUACUGACGGUUCUGAGGAAUUUGUGGAGCAUUGGGAUGAGAGAUCGAGUAAACGGCAUUACAGAGAGCCUGAGGUCACAGUUAAACAGCUGAAACGUCAACACAGAGAGCCUGAGAAACCAUUUAAGGAGCCCAAACGACUGUAUAAAGAACCUGAUGAGGUGGCAAAAGUGCCUGAACAAGCUUAUAACAAGGCUAAAAAGUCCCAUGUUCCAAAGAAACCACCUAUGAACUUCACAGAUCUCCUGAAGCUGGCUGAAAAGAAACAGUUUGAGCCAGUGGAACUUAAGCCAAUUAAAAAAGUGGAGGAAAAGCUACAUACAGCAGAGGAACUGAAAGAACUUGAAUUUUUAGAGCGCAAACGACAAAAACAGAAUGACAAAAUGAAAUCUGAGAAAGUCGUCACAGUUUUGCAUCCACCCAGCUCAUCAAAAAAAGAACCUUCAAUUAAAGGCAAUAAAAGCACAAACUUAGCACAAGGCUCAGGAGAAAGAAAUGCUUUAUCCAGAGAGAAUAGCUCAACGUCUGUCCACAGUAUUAGCAAAAAGCCAAAAAUGUCAUCCAGUGAAAGAUUACCUCCUAUGGCGUCUCACAAGGCACCAGCUCAAGAAAAGUCCAAAUCUUCUUUAGGGAGUGGCUAUUCUACCUCCAAAGUAUCUGGUAACAGUAGUGGGAAAACCGCAAUAAAUGUCUCAGCAAAAUCCAGAAAUAGCUCUCAAACACCAAGCAAAGGUUUGAAACCUGGAUCAAAUGGAAGCCAUUCUGCAUUGUCUUCAAAACACACCCAGAAGAAAAUCAAUAGACCUACAUCAUCUGGGAAAGUUGACAAUGUUUCCACAAGACAUGAAAGGACAGGGUCUUCAAAUCUAUUGCACUCCAGAAGUGCAAGUAGUUCAGCUCCUGAACGACCCAAAGUUUCCUGUGGCAUUAGCCAAAAGCAAGCAAGUAGUGCAAGCAAGUUGGACCAACCACAAUCAAGCAACACUAGUCAGGCGAGGCCCAGCAGUGUUAGUAAUUCUCGGCCUUCUCGUGCAGGAGCUUCAGACUCCACACGACCAAAAGAAAGGGGCAGUUCAGGUACUCCAAGGCCUAAUUCUGGGUCUCUGCAAUCAAAAAGCACAAAUGCCCCUGGAUCGAUACGAUUGAGCAGCACAGGAUCAAUGAGACCUGGAACUACUUCGGCUGUGCCAGGACGACAUGGGAGCACUCCAAGUUCUGGAGCUGGACGGCCUGGAGGUGGAGCCACAGAAUCGAAACCCAAAUGUACUGUGGUAUCAGAAACUAUAUCAUCAAAGAACUUUCCAUCAAGGCCCAGCAAUGGACAGAUGAUCAACAGAAGGCCACCACCAACAGGGUACAGACCAAUGAUGCGCCCGCCAGGACAUCCUGCAAGGCCGCCUGGUCCUAUAUCCUAUAAACGACGACUGGACGAUGAUGAUGAGGAAGAAUACGAUCCAGAAAUGGAUGAUUUCAUUGAUGAUGCUGGGGAAUCGCAAGAUGAAAUCUCAAAGCAUAUCAGGGAAAUCUUUGGAUAUGACCGUACCAAAUACAAGGAUGAAAGUGACUAUGCUUUGCGAUUCAUUGAAAGCAGCUGGAAAGAACAGCAGAAGGAGGAAGCUAAAAGCUUGCGAUUGGGUAUAAUGGAGGAUGCAGAAGAGAUGAGAAAAGAGGAAGAACUAAAAAAGAGGGCAAAAGCUAAGAAACAGAAGCUUUAGUUCAUUGAAGACAUUUCACUAAACUUAUUUAUUAUAUUUAUAUAAAAAGAUCUGGUUAUAUUUGAGAUGUAAUAUGCACUAAAGUAAGGAAUUAACUUUAUACACUGUGGAACUUGGUAGCUGAUUGACCAAUUCAAGCGAAAAGAUAAAUUAGCAUUAAAGAAAGCAGUGCUGAUAUUGGAAGUAAUUUUACGUAAUUAUAUGGUGCAUCGCCAAGUAGUUUUUUUUUCUGUUCCUAGUUCUAAUGCAUUAGACAAGGUGUUCUUUUAUUUCAUAUGUGCCAUAAAUUUUAAUUGUGGCCCAGGCCCUGAUAGCUCCAGAAUAUUAAUUUGUGUACUAUUGAUGUUUAUCACAUUGCAGGUUUGAGACCUUGCAUGUCUUAAAAUGCACCAGGUAACAUCUAACUAUUUCUGCCUGUUUGUUCUAUACGUUAUUUUUCAUUUUGCUUCCAGGAGAGGGCAAUGCAGUAGAUUGGACAUGGCCUUUUUAUCUCUGGCAUCCCCUAUACAACCCUGGCUCCUAUGUAAAAUGAAUUUGUUUCUUUCGCCCAUGGGCUUAUAGUCCAAAUCUCUUGUGUGUUAAAUUUGCAGUUGCACGUGGUGAAACCCCAAAGUGCCUGAUGUGGGGGAAAAAUAUUAAAAGAACCCAAGACUAUCAUUCAACAUGCCUGACCUUUCAAUUUAUGGCAACAAAAUAGAUUUUGAAUAAUCUGAGUUUUUUUAAUUUUCUCUGCUGUGCCAUCUGUCGGAUUAUUCCAUUGUCAUGUUUUUCAGCAAGGAAGUUGUUUCUCGUUGCUAUUUCACACCUAAUUUAACCAACUCAAUUUUUAUGUACUCUGGUCCUAAUCCCCCACUGUUGUGUGGUAUUGGGGGUGUUUGAGGUAAAAGCAAAAGACACUUUGUUGCAACUGUGUAGAUUGUUUGCUCUUUACCCAAGUGCGUCAUACCUUCCUUGGGAAUGAUAGAAGCUGAUAUUGGGUGCCUAAAUUUGAAAACAUUUCAAUUCGCCUUGAUUAGGACAGUAUUUUUUCAAGAAAAUAACAUACUUGGUAAUGUCUGUGCAAUUUAUUUGAACCUGCAUCUUGUGUUCGUGAAAAGGUUGAAGAUCACAGUUUAAAAAAAAUAUACUGAUAUACAUUUUGUAAGCUUUUUGAUGAGAAAAAUGCAAGUACAGAUGCAUUAAAUAUAAUUGAUAUUCUGUACAAUAAAUUUUUAUUACAUAGUUUAUCAUAUCAAGUUGUAGUAAUUCUUUUAUAGUAUUUACAUUAGUAAGUGCAACUCAAUGUAGCAAUUGAAGUAGUCCAGA